AUGAAUUUGACUCCUUCUAGCAGCUCCAAGGCGGAAUUCAGCAGACUGAAGCUCGUUUACUUCAGCAAUGAGUUCCCUCCUGAUGCUCUGCCAAACCUCGCCCGCCAACUACAUCUUCACAGUAAAGAUCGACGCUAUCACAUUCUUGCUCGUUUUCUAGAAGAUGCCACUCUUGCGAUCCGUGACGAAGUUCGCGAUUUACCACAAGCCUUGCGGAGCUUAGUCCCCUCUUUUGACUCUGUUUUGGCUUUCGUUGAAUACCAUGAUCUUCGUGCUGGUCCUUUGGGUGCGUCGAUCGACGGAGUGCUCCUAUGUGCCGUGGAACUGGCAGCAUUCAUCGGCUAUUACGAGACUUCCCCGGAAAAUUAUGACUUUGAUUCAUCUCAUGCACAUCUGGCGGGUCUGGGUAUUGGUCUUCUAGCCACCGCAGCGGUAUCUCUUUCUUCAACCUUGGCUGAUAUUCCUGUUGCCGGCGCGGAAGUGGUCCGUCUUGCUUUUCGUCUUGGUGUUCUCGUCGAUGAUGUGUCACACAACCUGCAAGCUCGUGAGUUAUCAGGUAGUGGUCCGCCUGACAGCUGGGCUUACGUCUUGCCAAAUGUGGCCUCAAGCGAGGUUCAGCAGGAGCUGGACGAGAUCCAUGCUAAAGCGAAAAUUCCCGAGGCCGGAAAAGUGUUUGUCAGUGCCUACAGUCAGACCUCUGUUACCGUGAGCGGACCACCCGCAAGGUUGAAGGCACUUUUUCGGACUGCAGACUUUUUCCGAGACCGCAAGUUCAUUGCAUUGCCAGUUUUUGGUGGCUUGUGCCAUGCAAGCCAUAUCUACAAUCAAACACACGUGGAGUGUGUGGUGCGGACAAAAUCUAUCGAUGGUUUGAACGCCAGACUAGUACCCAGAAUACCAGUCAUCUCGACCAGCAGCGGCAAUGCAUUUCCCGCGAACACUGCAGCGGAACUAUUUGAACAGAUCAUUUACGAAAUUCUCACAAAGGCCAUCCAGUGGGAUAAUGUGGUUAGCGUGUUUAUUCAGCAAGCAAGCAUGCUUACCAUAUCCGAGUGCCAAAUAAUGGCCAUUCGAAACUCACUGCCAAUCCACGAUCUCAUUGCCGCAGUAGAAUCCGAACUCAACGAUACUAAAACAACAACAGAUGAUCUGUUGUCGUGGAUCUUCCAGACCAACGAGGAAGAGACCCCCCGCGGAACGGCCCAAUCUAAGAUUGCGAUUGUUGGAAUGUCAUGUCGGUUGCCUGGAGAGUCCACAGAUACCGAGAAGUUCUGGGAACUCCUAGAAAGGGGCCUUGAUGUUCAUCGAAAAAUCCCGCCAGAUCGUUUUGAUGUCGAUUCCCACUGCGACCCAACGGGAAAACGCCCAAAUACAAGCCACACCCCGUUUGGCUGCUUCAUCGAGGAACCGGGUCUUUUCGAUGCCCCAUUUUUCAACAUGUCUCCUCGUGAGGCACAGCAAACCGAUCCAAUGCAGAGGCUGGCGUUGGUGACCGCGUAUGAAGCACUGGAACGAGCUGGAUACGUUCCCGAUCGCACACCGGCGACAAACAAACACCGCAUUGGUACAUUCUACGGCCAGGCCAGUGAUGAUUACCGUGAGGUAAAUACAGCGCAGGAUGUCAGCACGUAUUUUAUCACCGGUGGUUGUCGUGCAUUUGGCCCCGGGCGGAUCAAUUAUUUUUUCAAAUUUUGGGGACCCAGCUACAGCAUCGAUACGGCCUGCUCAUCCAGCCUGGCAACUAUUGAGACUGCCUGUACAUCACUCUGGAAUGGCGCUACUGAUACUGCAGUAGUUGGUGGUGUGAACGUCUUGACAAACUCCGAUGCUUUCGCUGGCCUCAGCCAUGGUCACUUUUUGUCCAAGACUCCGAAUGCUUGCAAAACAUGGGACAGCGAGGCUGAUGGGUAUUGUCGCGCAGAUGGAGUGGUGUCCUUCGUGAUGAAGCGACUGGAAGAUGCCGAAGCUGACAAUGAUAACAUUUUGGGUGUUAUCCUUGGUGCAGCAACCAACCACUCGGCAGACGCCAUAUCUAUCACUCACCCCCACGCUGGCGCACAGAGCUACCUACUUCGAAAGGUACUGCGCGAUUCGGGCGUCGAUCCAUUUGAUGUCAACUAUGUGGAGUUGCACGGCACAGGCACCCAGGCUGGCGACUUUGAGGAGAUGAGAUCAGUGUCGGACGUGUUCGUUCCAGCUGCGAGAAAACGAAGCUCCAAGAACCCUCUGUACGUUGGCGCGGUCAAAGCAAAUGUGGGCCACGGGGAGGCAGUCGCUGGAGCGACGGCUUUAUUGAAAGUUCUUCUCAUGCUCCAAAAGAGUGCGAUCCCUCCACAUGUCGGCAUUAAAAAACACAUCAACCCUCUGCUCCCCAAGGACUUGGAAAAGCGCGGUCUAUAUAUUCCAUUUGAGCAGCAGACAUGGCCUCGCUCAGAAGGCAGAAGACGUAUCGCUGUAGUCAACAACUUCAGUGCUGCUGGUGGCAAUACGUCCCUUGCAAUUGAGGAAGCCCCGCUCCGAGAAACCGCCGGUAUUGACCCACGCCAAUCACACUUGGUGUCUAUAUCUGCCAAAAGCAAGCUCUCGUUGAAGGGAAACCUCGAGCGGUUCAUUUCAUACUUGAAUGCCAAUCCAGAUGUCCCACUAUCCGAUCUCUCCUACUCGACUAUGGCCCGGCGCCAUCACCACAACCAUAGACUGGCUGUGGCUGUGUCAGAUGUUGAACAGUUAAAAAAGCAAACUACAUCGUGGUUAAGCUCUGUCGAUUCCCACAAGCCUAUCCCACCGACAGGACCUCCCCCAGUAGCGUUUGCCUUUACUGGCCAGGGGGCAUCAUAUAAGUCCAUGAAUCUUGACAUUUUCCGCGAUAUACCGUACUUCCGCUCCCAGAUCCUGGACCUGAAUUCGUUCGCACAGAUCCAGGGGUUUCCUUCCUUUGUCCCUGCUCUUGAUGGGAGUUACCCGAAGGAUCACGCCCAUUCACCAGUCGUGACGCAGCUCGCUCUGGUUGCCACGGAGAUUGCACUUGCCAGGUACUGGGCGUCGCUUGGUGUAAAGCCCGAGGUGGUGGUUGGUCACAGCCUUGGAGAGUUUGCGGCAUUACAUAUUGCCGGUGUGUUAUCCGCCAGCGAUGCACUGUUCCUCGCAGGCGAGCGCGCCAGGCUGCUGGAGCAGAGCUGUAAACUCGGUAGCCAUAGGAUGCUAGCAGUACGGGCAUCCGUCGAGGAAAUUGCACAGAGCGCUGGCAAUCAACCAUACGAGAUCGCCUGUAUCAACGGGCCAAAGGAGACCGUCUUGAGCGGAACCUGUGGCGAGAUCGAUGCGCUCACUCAAGCUUUGGAAAUGGAUGGGCACAGGUGUACAAGCCUAGAUGUUGCGUUUGCAUUCCAUUCUGCACAGACGGACCCCAUUUUGGAUGAAUACGAGGAAAUCGCACGGAGGGGAGUGGUUUUCAACGCCCCCAACUUGCCCAUCAUUUCACCUCUUCUCGGAAAGGUGAUAUUUGAUGACAAGACAGUGAAUGCAAAUUAUCUGCGUCGAGCAACUCGUGAAGCGGUUAACUUCAGCGCCGCCCUUGAGAGCGCGCAGAAAAUUUUCACAAUUGAUGAUACGACUGUUUGGGUUGAAGUUGGGCCACAUCCGGUGUCCAUUAAUUUCGUGAAGUCCACUCUUUCGGCCUCGGGUGCUUUGGUUCCUUCGCUACGUCGAGGCGAAAACGAUUGGGUGACAUUGACGCGAAGUCUAGGAAUCCUUCAUGGAACGGGUGUUGAUAUUGACUGGAAUGAGUUUCAUCGCCCAUUCGAGCAUGCUCUACGCCUCUUAGACCUGCCUACAUACAGCUGGAAUAAUAAGAAUUACUGGAUUCAAUACAAAGGUGACUGGGCCCUGACGAAGGGAAAUCCGGAAUUCGAGACCAGAAAGAGCACGGUCGUAUCCGGGGCUGUGGCGCCAGGCCCGCGAACAUCGACUGUCCAGCAGAUUAUCGAGGAGAACUUCGAGGGCUCAGCUGGAAGAGUCGUCAUGCAGUCAGAUUUGAUGCAAGCAGAUUUCCUUGCAGCGGCCCAUGGGCACAAAAUGAAUGGAUGUGGUGUGGUUACCUCGUCCAUCCAUGCAGAUAUCGGAUUCACCCUUGGUGAAUACGUAUUUAAGAAAUUAAAACCAAAGGCCAUAAUACCUGGGAUAAACAUCACGAACCUCGAAGUGCUGAAAGGGCUAGUCGCGCACAAAGAUACGAGCCAGCCUCAGCUCCUCCAAGUAUCUGCUACUACCGAUGAUAUCAACUCCGGAAUCCUCGUCCUUGAGUGGCGCAGUUCCUUCUCCGAUGGCACCGUGGACGACCCGUUUGCGAGUGCGAGAAUUCAUUUUAGCGAGCCGACAGAAUGGCUAACCUCAUGGCGACCUGCUCUUCAUUUCAUUCAAGGCCGCAUCCAAGCCCUGGAGCGUCUAGCAGAAGAGGGCAUCGCGAACCGAUUCUCUCACCGCAUGGCUUACAAUCUCUUCGCAAGCAAUCUGGUUAAUUACGCUGAAAAAUACCGAGGAAUGCAAUCUGUCGUGCUUCACGAGCUAGAAGCCUUUGCAAAUGUCAAGCUGACAAUCGGAAAAGGAGGUACUUGGACAGUGCCCCCAUAUUUCAUUGACAGCGUGGCGCACUUGGCUGGUUUCGUCAUGAACGUCUCUGAUGCUGUUGACACUCAUGCUAACUUUUGCGUGACACCCGGUUGGCAAUCGAUGCGCUUUGCGCAGCCCCUUGUGGCUGGGGCCGAAUACCGUUCUUACGUCAAGAUGAUUCCCACCGUUGAAGACCCUAGCAUUUUCCUUGGUGAUGUCUACGUGCUGCAGGAUGAUGUUAUUGUUGGGAUGGUCGGUGGAAUAAAGUUCCGCCGCUAUCCUCGUCUACUUCUGAACCGGUUCUUCUCAGCUGCUGAUGUCAGUCAGUCUACGCAGGGCCAUAGUGCAACUGCUUCAGCGCCAGUGAUUACGCAUACUUCUCCGCUCACGGCAUUUCCUCCAGCCCCAGUUGCUGCACCUGUAUCUGCUGCUUUAGCAGUACCCGCUGCUGCACCAACCGCUCCUCAAAAUCAGACGCCAAAUAAUGAGGCUGCUCUAGACGAUUCCAGCACUGCGGCUAAAGCUCUUUUGCUGGUGGCACGCGAAGCCGGUAUGGAGCGGGAAGACCUCACCGAAGAAUCUAACUUUGCCAAUCUUGGUGUGGAUAGUUUAAUGAGUUUGGUCAUUGCUGAGAAAUUUCGGGAGGAGCUUGGAGUCACAGUUACGGGAAGUCUCUUUCUAGAGUACCCGACAGUGGGAGAUUUGAAGAGCUGGUUGCUGGAGUACUACAGCUAA